AUGCUCUUCCAACAUCUACCAACAGAAAUAGUUGAAGGGAUCGCUGGGCACCUGCAGCAAUCCAGUGCUUUGAACGCUCUUUGCAGAACUAAUCGACGUUUCUACCACAUUCUCAACUGGCAUCUCUAUAAUAGAGAUGCUCGAAAUCCCUGUAAAGCUCUGCUCUGGGGUGCUUACAAUGGAAACCUUCAGGCGAUGCAAAAAUCUCUGAGCCACGGCGCCAAUAUCCAUCGCAAGGACUACGAUGACAAAACCCCAUUAACCAAGGCAGUCGAGGGUCAACAUCUGGACGCUAUCAACUUCCUGCUCGAUAGAGGAGUAGACAUCAAUUACUCAAACACCUACGCAGACAGCAUCAUGUAUACUGCCGUUUUCACACGCAAUGUUGAUGUUGUCCAGCUCGUUCUUGCACGCGGCGCGAAACCAGACGCUUUAUCAUACGCAAAUACCCGGCCGUUAUCUCUAGCUGUUUCAAGGGGUGACUUCCAAAUUGCCCAAGCAUUGGUGAAAUAUGGGGCUUGCUUGGAUGAGCCAGGCCCAGGGUAUUACACACCUUUGAUCACAGCUGUACACGAAGCUCGCCAUGACAUAUUGAGGAUGUUUAUCGAAAAUGGCAUCUUUCAAAACGACAAAGAUGGAGCUCUGGGAGCCGAAGCGCUAAGAAGCGCCGUGAUGAAUGAUAACAACGAGGCGUUGGACAUUCUUCUCAAAGCCGGGGUAAACCCUAUCAAAGCUGGUUGGCACGGCCGCUGUCCGAUAAUGGAAGCUGUGAGUUUUGGAAAGAUAGACCUUGCCAUAUCUCUAUCAGAAUUGGUGCCAGACUUGAAAGAGGCAAAGGAUAAAGAUGGCGAAGGACUCCUCUACUAUGCGGUUGCUGGUGGUAGCAGGCGAUAUGCCAGAUACCUUCUAGACCACGGUUUCGGCCCAGAUGAUACCCAUGAACCAGAGCUCCCAGCUGCUCUUGAGAUAUUGUGCAGUAGUGACUCGGUUUCUACUUGA